AUGGCGGCGCCACCAGACAUCACUUGCACCAACCUAACGGGCACGUUCGUGAUGAACAAGACGCUCUCCGACGACGUUGAUGCGAUGCUUACCCUCCAAGGGUUGAGCUGGUUCACCCGCCAUGCCAUACGACUUGCUACAGUGGUGAUCACGAUCAAAGAAUACAAGCCCGACGCUUUCUACCACAUCGACGCCACUUCUGUAGCCUCGGGCCUCGCAACGACCCAGGAGAACCGCAUACUGGAUUGGCAGACUAGGGACCAUGCCGACAGGAUCUUUGGGAAAGUUGAAGGGAAAUCACGGAUGUGGAAGACCGGGGAGUUAUCCAUGGAAGGCCCCGGGUCAGAAGAAGACGCAGCUUUUCUCCGAGCCGAGAUGCUGAAAGAUGGCCACACGCCGACCAAGUACUUGGAUGACGAGCAUGUGCAGAGCUGGGUCAUCAACGUGGAUGGUGGCGAGUGGAUUGCCGAGCAGACUUGGGGCUUCGAGGAGGUCAACGACGAGCGCAGACACACGAGGCGUGUGGUCGUGUGGAAGAAGGGGAACGUGGAACGCGUCAGACUGGUCUAUGAUUUCCGUGGUAAGGAAGAAGACGAUGAGGACGAUGAGGACGAUGAGGCGCUGGCUUAUGAGUGA